GCCAACAACUGCCACGUCCUUUGUCUUCUCCCGUCCGCACCAUAUGCAUAUCAGACACGCACAACGCCAACAUAUCCCCGGUAAUGUCCUCAUUCACGCGGGCGAUCUCACUCAUUUCGGCACUCCCCGUGAGCUCCAGGUCGCCUUUGACUGGCUAGUCUUUCUUCCGCACGAACACAAAAUCGUUAUCGCCGGUAACCACGAUACGUACCUUCAGACAGUCGAGGGCCGUUCAUGGGUCCACGCAUGGCAAGAGCGUUGCAUCAUAUAUCUGGAGGACGAGGCUCACACUAUCCAUGUGCGCGGUCGCGCAUUCAAAAUCUUUGGCAGCCCGUUUACUUCGCAGCACGGCAAUGGCGCCUUCCAAUACUCACGUACGGGUGUCACUGGCACUCCCAGCCAUUGGUCUAUCAUUCAAAACGACACAGAUAUUCUUAUCACUCAUGGCCCUCCUCACGGUCAUCUCGAUCUCUCUGGACUUGGUU